CCCAAUCAAUUUCUCUACAACGCCGGUCCAUAGAAGCAGCAGUUUUAUUUUGAGUACCACAUUCUCUUCUUCUACCUGCAACCCAAAAAAAUGAACGGCACCACCGCCCAACAACCCCCGCCUCUAUAUCCCACCAUCUCCUCUCCUACACCACAAGAAACUGCAGCUGCAUCCUCAUCUCAGCCGCCCAGUGAUGAGAAAUGGGGGACUCAUGUCAUGGGAGCACCUGCCGUUCCCACCUGCCACCCAGACAACAAGAAAGCAGCCUUGUGGGGAGCUGCCGCCACCGACCAGGCCCAAUACUUCCACCAUCCUUACGUCCAGUAUUCCCCCAUAGAGAAAUCAAAUGGUAGCCCCAUGGAAUCUAUUCUCCAUGUUUUCAACACCUGGACCAACAAAGCCGAAACCAUGGCCAACAACGUCUGGCACAAUCUUAAAACUGGAUCCUCUGUCCCCGGUGCUGCCUGGGGGAAGAUGAACCUCACUGCCAAGGCAAUAAAAGGGGGAGGAUUCGAGCCCCUGUUUAAGCAAACCUUUGCAACUUUUCCCAAUGAACAGCUGAACAAGACAUUUGCCUGUUAUCUGUCCACUUCCACAGGACCGGUGGCUGGAACUCUGUACCUUUCCAAUAUUCAUAUAGCAUUCUGCAGCGAUCGUCCCCUGUCUUUCACUGCUCCCUCUGGCCAGGUGACUUGGAGCUACUACAAAGUAAUGGUGCCUCUGGGCAAGAUUGGAAUCAUCAAUCCUGUGAUGAUGAAGGACAAUCCAUCGGAGAAGUACAUCCAGGUGGUCACCGUGGACGGCCAUGAUUUCUGGUACAUGGGUUUUGUUAAUUAUGAGAAAGCAUCCAAGCACCUCUCCCAAAGUCUAUCAAAUUUCGUAGUGUCUGGGAUAGCAGUGCAGCCACAGCCAGUCGCUGGAUAAACACAGCUUUACUUUUUCUUAUUUCAGCUAUCUAUUUGUUGAAUAAUUUUUUUUUUCUUUUUUAACCAAGGGGAAUUGAGAGGGAUGGGGAAGUAGUGCCUGUGGAGAACAAGGACUUGUAUGUCAUAGCACAUUCUACGUAAAUUAAGGUCACUGGGCCAUAUAGUGCUAGAUGGGUUUGUUGAAUAAUUUGCUCUUCUGCAAAUUAGAAUAAUGAUAUUGCUCUCCAUUAAUUACAACAACAUGACUCUUGAUUUCGAGUUACCUAAAAUUACACUUUUAUCAUUAGAAGAAACUAAAGUUGGUCCC